CGUGAGAGAGAUGUCACUCAAAACAUAACCUAAAAAAGCAGCACGCAGAAACCACAAACAGAAAGAAAGAUUUUCGCUCUGUUUAUCAUGUGUUAAUCUAUUACUAUAGUUCUCCCUUAUUGUUUUAUCAAAAUGAAGACAAAGACAUUUGGUGAAAAACCAACUUCCCCGGAGAAGAAACGAUCAUUUGAAUUUACACAUUAUUACACUUCCGUCGCCGAAACCAAAACAAGGCUGGAAGAACAUGGUUUACAACCACAAAAUUUCAUCAAAGAUAACAAAAAGUCUGGACUUCCAUUCAAAAACUCUCCUAAGAGGAAGAAAAACAAGCUUGAACCAUUGGACAUAUCACACAUUGACAUUGAGGGUCCCAGUUUGAUCGCUACUGCUAAGAAUACUUCUCUCAAUGAAUCGAAACUGACAUCCACACCUCGGUCUUCAGCAAAGGAUAAUACGCCGAAGUCGAUCAUGAAAAACAAGUCGUCAACAAACAGCGAGGAACAACUAGACACCUCCCAAUACAGUCAGAAAAAACCGAAAAAGAGGAAUAAGUCUGUGAGUUUCAUGCUUGAUGAUACGGAGGAAGUAGUGGUUAAGAAAACGAAGUCAAGUGAAUCCUUGGACAGAAAACAAGAUACCCCCAAAAAACAGGAAACUCCCAAAGACUUGAAUAAACAAAAAAAACUUAAAGGUAACAAGAGAGAUGUAAAGGGGAAAGAAAAUAAAAUAAUUGACAAUGUAAAAUCAGACUCUGAUGUUAUGGAGAAAGUUAAAAAGGCAAAAGAAGACAAAAAUAAGAUAGUAAACAAUACUUCAAAACUUGAAGGAGCUAAGGAAAAAAAAGAACAAAAAAAAGAUAAAUUCAAAAAAGUUAAAAAGCAAAAUUCAGAAGAGAAAAUGGAGGAGGAUGCUGUUGUGGGAGAGAGCAACAAUAAUGAAGACCAAACUGAGAACAAAAACCGUCGAGCAAAGAAAAAGAAACAUUCCCCUAAACAAACUGCUGACACAGAUGGGGAACCAGCAGCAAAAUCCCAGAAAAAGGAAAUUAAACCUGAGGCCAUCGUUGAUGACCUGGAAAGCCUCAGCAUUGGGGAUAAUGCGCAUACACUCACAAACUUGCUGGAUGAAAUGACUGUGGCUGAAAAAGAUAAGAGAAAGAAACAUAAAAAUAAACUUAAAAAGGCUAAGAAGCCAUCACCAAGCUCUUCCAGCAGUGAGAAAGCAUCCACAGAGUUGGAAAACAUAGAAGAAGGGAAAGAGAAGGUAAAAUGGCAGAAGAGGAAGUGGAACAAGGACAAAAAAGGUGUUGCUGAAGUAGACAGCAAGUCUAGUAUCAUUGUAGACAACUUGCCUCUGUCCAUUGUGUGUGAUUACAAGAAACAGUUGGCUGAUCAUUUCAAGAAGCAUGGAGAAAUAAAGGGGAUUGGAGUGGCUGAAGUGUACCCAGCAGAAGACUCCAAGCCAGUGUUCACAACCUCUAUACAAUUCUGUGAUGAAGCAGCAGCUGUUGAGGCGCUGAAGGAAGACAACGGCGUGGUGUGCGGCGGUCGCGUGCGCGUGCGCCUGGCGCGGCCGGCCACGGAGACGACGUUGGUGGUGCGCUCGUACGGGCCGCUCAGCGACCAGAGCGUGUCCAGCGCCUUCGCGGCCGCCGGCCGGGUGCGCAGCAUACGACACCUCGUCAAAGGAAAAAAGUCUAUUGCUGCAGCUUUCGUCGAAUUCGACGGUCCCGACGCGUUGCAAAACGCCUUAAAGCUGGCCGAGAACGUGCGGAUCGAGGGAAAGAAAAUACACGUGUCAAGGUUUGAGCUCAGGAAGAAACCCAAGCCGGCCAAGGCCCCUGUAGAGGCCAAGGAGCCCGACAGUGAGGACUCUGACUAAUGUUUUAGCUAGACGAGAUUGUAAUGGUGCGUCCACACUGGGCGAACGGGCUCGCGCGGCAAAUUCGACAUCUUGCUCACUCAAAAGCAAGGUGAGCAGGAUGACCAGCGUGCUGCGCGAUCCCGUGCGCCCUAUGUGGACGCACCAUAAGAGUAUGUCAGUAGUGAAGGCCUGAUAGUCAAGGCAAAGUAGCACUUAUUAGAAUCAAGAUGGAAAUGACACGAUGAAUUUUUUUUAAUUUCCUUGAAGUAGAAACAAACUAAUAAUUUACAUUGCGCGUGCCAUACGCCCGCGACUGCAACGCAGUGUAAAUGCAGAUCAUAAUGCACACCCUAGUACUAUGUUUUAAACUUACUUCUGGGAUUUGUUUUAUUCAAAUACCUACGUCAAUUUAACUUGUGUUAUGUCUUUUCAUCGUGUCAUUUAAUAA